AUGCGGGACCGCACAGCUUCCGUCGUGCUGGGCCUGCCGCUGUUCACCGUCCGGCGCGCGCUUCUGCUGUCGGUGUGCAUCCUCGGCGUCGUGCAGUACGGCCUGACCACGGUGUUCGGCGUCAUCGCUGGUGACCUCGAGCCGUACUACGGGCUCACCCCCGAGCAGGGCGACGAGCUGUACGCUUGGAUGAACUUUGGCUCGUGCGCCCUCUCCUUCAUCCCAGGCCUCUGCUACGAUCGGGUGGGCCCCGCGGUGGCCAUGGCCGUCGGGACGCUGUGUGGCAUCUCCCCCGUCGUUUUACAGCUCAUGUGGACCAGCACCUUUCCAGCUUUUAUCGGCACCAUGGGCGGCCUUAGUUUCUCGUACAUGCUCUUUGGCUUUGCUGCAUCCUUCUACAAUGUCAUCGGCUGUUUUGCGCCCCUGGAAGGCUUCCCGAAGAAGGACAUCGGGAAAGUCUCGGCGGUGGUGCAGGUGUGUCUCUCUCUCGGCCUGACCGUCCAGACCUGGGCCUACACCAUGCUGAAGCAGAGCGGAGGGGACUACAUGGGAAAGAGCGCGUCCUGCCGUCGCUGGAAGGGGAGGUGGGGAGAAUCGAGUCUUAAACCGCCCCCCCCCACACCCCCGAAACGUCCCGGACGUUUACGAACCGGGGGGGACCCCCCCCCCACACAACAUCCCCACACAACCCAGCCCCAAGCUGCCCAGGAACGUGCGGAUUUACCAUCGGGGGCCUGUCGCUGA